UCUCACCCGACCAAAUCAAACCGGCCGUGGUUCAUCUCGUUGUUGUUUCCCUUCAGUCUCUCCCGGCUGCCGGAACGAAAUCCUUAAGCGGGUGCAAGCGGCGACGAUGGGUGGGAAGGGCAAGAAGAGGCGGGAGAAGAACUACCGAUCCGCUCACGGCGGGGAUACGCGCCUCCCGCCGCCUCCCAGCGUCAAGGAGAUGGAGGCCAUCCCCUCCAAGCUCCGCAAGAUUAUGGAGCUCAAGAACCUCAAUUCGUCUUCCGCCAAGCCAGGGCCUGCGCCAACCCCCAAAGACGCGGGUAAAGAGAAGAGAAAGGAAAGAAGCGCCGUCGAGAAGAAAGUGAACACAAAAGAAGAGCCUUCUUCCGAGUUCAGUUCUGUGACCAAAGAAGGCAUCCAGGGAAUGAAGGACAAAGAUAUAGAUGACAAAGAUGCAACCACGACACCAAGCUUAGGUAACGAGAGAAAAAGGAAACGGAAAAAGAAUGCACCCAAGGAUCUCCGUUUUCAAGAAUUAGAUCAAGCUGCUGCUACCACAAGGAAGAAAAAACGCAAAGAGUAUCUUGAGGCCAGGAGAAAGAAAAAUAAGAAAGCAAAGACAGAUGGUGUUGUAGACUUCCCUGGGCGUGAAGAGAUCAAGUUUGGCGAAGUUGUUGAGGCUCCACCUAAGUUAUCAGUUCCUAAGAAGUCUUUAAAGAUUCCCCAUGAUGCUUUUCACGAAAGAAUCAGGUUAGAGGCUAUUGAAGCUUACAGGAAUCAGCGAGGAUGGACAUCCAGACCCGGUGUCCAAAUUCCUGUUCUGCAAAAUCCAUCGUCGUGACUUGUGACUCAGAGGUUACAGGUGCCUAGGAUUUAAGUUGAUGCCGUCGAACUUAGCUUCUGGUACUUUUCCGGAGUUGUCACUAACUUUUUCGGAACUUAUGCUGUCUGUUUUUGCUGGACCUUCACACAAGCGUGUGCUAAUUUUCGCAUCUAUGGGCAAGCAAGUGUAUCUUCAGUUUUUUCUGUUGCUUGUAUCGAAAACUCAAUAUAAGCAAAUUGUUCAGAUAAUUUUCGUCUUUGUUAAAUUAAUAUUAUUACUUUGUUCUUA